AUGGCACGACUAAACACUACAAGCAACCGGACCCAAGGCGAGCCUCGCCAGAGGACAGGGCUAAAAGAACCAUCGGUCCACCAGCAAGGCAGCUUCGGUACAGAAAAGCUUGUCAAAGACCGAUCCUCCAAAGGUCCAUCACACAAGAAGAAGAAGAGUUCUGGGGCAUUUUUCGACAUCUUCCCAGACACCGAACAGACACACGACCAAGACGAUGGAGACGAUGGAGACCCAACCUCUUCAUCGCUACCGUCAAGGAAACAAAAGACUACGCGGACCCUCAAAGCUGCACCUGUCAAUUCCCUCCUUCUACCCCUUCAACGCAGACGACGACAAAGACCCAACACCAAAGCAGGGACAGAUGACUAUGACAAGGAAAAUGAUCUCACAGAGGACACAAUGGACUCAUACUCAGUCGACCCCUCACCCCAGCCGUCUCCAAGACGUUUCGAACAGACCCCGGAGAGAAGCCGAUUACAAGAUCGGCCUAGGAGCCGCAUGAGUCCCGAGAGCCGUGGGAGCGAGCGGGAAGACAGCGACGCAGAUACCAGCUUCAACUCACUAGACGACUUCAUUGUUAGUGACAAUGACGAGAUCAGCUAUCAGGAGACAUCUGGAUCUGACUCGGAAGAUCCCAAGAUCAGAAGCCCUUCACCAGCGGGUGACCGGGACCUGGGCUUGGGGUCUAAUGGGGAUGAGAAAAGCUCCUCAAGCUCUGUCAGCAACCCAAGACAGGUGUCUCAGGACGACAUUCAGCUUCUCACAAAGCUCAAUAAAAUUGCUCUAGAAGACAAUCCAGAAGGCUUGGAAGGUCAAGAUGAUACAAGUUCUGGGCUAGAGACAACUCGUUCCACGUCGGUUACCGAGCUAGAUUCUCCUACAACAUUCCAGCCCGCAAGGAAGGAUGAGCAGACACCACCCUCAAGCCCUUCACCAAGCGGUCGCCUCAGGUCCCCCAAGAAAGAAAAAAGCCGGAUUCCGCCAACACCCCACCGCGAGAGUAUGGAUGCUUUCUGGAGUCAAGAAGAAACCAACAACUGGAAUGACAAGCACUCGCCUCAGAAGCCCAAAUCGGACAGAUUAAUGCUAGCGCUCUUGCAAGAGUUUGAUAACUCAGACGAUGAAGGAAGUAGCCAAGAUUCCGGCUCGGGGCUUGAACCUAUCCCUAAAUCGCCUGUCAAAUCCACCGAGCCUAAGACGCCCAGUAAGACUGCCCUCAAGAAGGCCGAAGCUGAAGCCAAGCGCGCCGAAAAAGCGCUCCGUCAGGAGUUCGACAACAAGAAAGAAGCGCUCGCAAAAUCUUUCCUCCAUGACCUGGAUGUCGCGGUGACUGGAGGGAAAAUCAUCCAGCUCGCUGAAGAAACUGGUGGAGUCGAGAUCGUCUGGUCCAAGACACUCCAGAAGACAGCAGGCCGGGCUACAUGGAGAGCUUCGCAGCGCCAGGGUAACCUACCAUUGCAUUACGCCAAAAUCGAGCUCGCAGAUCGCAUCCUGGUCGACGAGUACCGACUUACCAAUACUCUCGCCCACGAAUACUGUCACUUGGCCAACUACAUGAUCUCAAAGGUUGUCGACCAGCCUCAUGGCCCCAGCUUCAAGGCCUGGGGUCAAAAAUGUGCCACUGCCAUGAAGGACCACCCUGAAUACGGCGGCAAGAUCCAUGUCACAACAAAACACAGUUACAAGAUUGACUACAAGUACGUAUGGGCUUGUGUCAACUGUGGCUGUCAGUUUGGUCGUCAUUCGAAGAGCCUCGAUACAACUCGGUUUUCUUGCGGCACUUGCAAGGGGAAACUGGAGCAAAUUAAGCCCAAGCCACGAAACGUGUCACCCAAGAAGAGUGGCGCUAUCCCUCCUAACUUCCAGAAGAAAUCGAUGGAGUACGUGAAGCUCAGUUUAGAUGAGCUGAAGUUAUGA